UCUUGAGUAGACAAAACCGUCUAUGGGUAACUUCUUCUCCAUCCAACUUUCAUGCGAUACCCUCAUUACCCGUUGCUGGGAUUGGAAAAACGACUGUCCCAUCCAAAAACCCUCAUUGUUCAACUUUCAUGUCGAAUGAUUUCGAUCAAGUAAUUUGGGUAGUUGUGUCACAAGAUCUGCAAAUCGAGAAAGUCCAAGACGAGAUUGGAAAAACGAUAGGGUUUUUGGACGAGGCUUGGAAGCACAAGAGGAUUGAUGAGAAAGCUGCAGACAUCUUCAACAUAUUAUGUAAAAAGAAGUUUGCACUGUUGUUGGAUAAUAUUUGGAAGUGGUUCGAUCUAACGAGAAUCGGGGUACCUCUCCCGACACAAAGGAACGGCUCAAAAAUCAUCUUCACCACUCGCCUUAUAGAUGUGUGCUUUCAAAUGGAAGCGCAUAAAAAGAUCAAAGUGGAAUGUUUACAGCAAGCAGAGGCGUUGAAACUAUUUUUGGACAAGGUUGGAGCAGAGACACUUGAUAGACAUCCACAUAUUCGCAAGUUAGCCGAAACAAUGGCGGAUGAGUGCGGCGGACUACCGCUUGCACUCAUUACAAUCGGACGACCCAUGUCAUCCAAGAGGACCCCUGGAGAAUGGAAAUAUGCCAUGAAGGCCUUAAGGCAAUCAGCUGCCUCUGUCUUCCCAGGGAUAGGGAAAAAGAUGUUUCCUCAGUUAAAAUUCAGUUACGAUUGUUUACCUGAUGAAAAGGUGAGAUCUUGUUUCUUAUAUUGUUGUUUAUUCCCAUCAGGUUUUCCCAUUAGAAAAAGUGAGCUAAUACAUUGUUGGAUCGGGGAAGGAUUGUUGGACCAGCAUACCGACUUGAGCAGUGUCCGAAACCAGGGAGAGUACAUCUUAGGUUCUCUUAUCGACGCAUGCUUAUUAGAGGACAUAAGAAGCGACAUCGUAAAGAUGCACGAUGUGAUCCGCGACAUGGCUUUGUGGAUAGCUAGUGAAUCCGAGAUGGAUAAAUUCUGCGUAAAAGCAGGUAUGCACUUAAAGGAACAACCUGUAGCUGAAACUUGGGAAGAUGUAAGAAGAGUGUCCCUAAUGGGAAAUCAAAUCGAAAGUCUAACUCAGAUAUCUGUAUGCCCCAAUCUCCGAACUUUGUUCCUAGGGAAGAACGAGUUGAAGGUGAUCAUCAACGAUUUCUUCAACUUCAUGCCUAAGCUGAAGGUUUUGAAUUUGUCCUUCAACAUCAAUUUGGAAGAACUGCCUGUUGGAAUUGCACAGUUGGUUUCACUAGAGCAUCUCGAUCUGUCUUACACAGGACUAAAAACACUUCCUGUCGAGCUGAAGGUCCUAGAAAAUCUGAAAUAUUUGAAUAUCGAGCACACAUUGGAUUUAAAAACAAUCCCACCACAACUGAUAUCCAAUCUCUCAAAGUUGAAAGUAUUGAAAAUGGUGGGGUCUGGUUAUGAAUGGUUGGUGGAGGAAGUUGAGCGUUUAGCUUACUUGAAUGUGCUGACCAUUAGUAUUGAAAGCCUUUCUUUGUUGGAAAGAGCUAUGAAGUCCUACAAGUUUCAGACCUGUAAUGUUGAAGCUGUGAUCCUUAAGUUGUUCAAAGGUUCAAGGUCGUUGAGUAUUUCGGCUUUAGCCGAUAUACAGCCUCUGGAUGUUCUAGUAGUCUAUGAUUGUGAAGAUCUUGAAGAAGUGAAGAUUGAACACGAGGAGAUUGUAAGUGCAGGGUGCUUUCGAAGCGUCACGUUUGUAAAACUAGCACGCUGUCCGAAAUUGAAGGAUGCAACAUGGAUAUUCUUUGUUCCACACUUGGUUAAACUGGCCAUACAUGAAUGCCAAGAUUUGGAAGAAGUAAUCAGUGAGGAUAAACUCGAUGAAGUCGACGAGCUGACGGAAAAUUCGAACGUGUUUUCGGAGCUGGAGGCUUUAGAUCUGCAAAAACUGCCGAAACUGAAGAAGAUAUACAGGCAUGCGCUGCCAUUCCCGAAGCUGAAGGAAGGGAUAAUAAAAGAAUGCCCCCAGUUGAGGAAGCUUCCGCUGAACACAGAGAGUGGAAAGGGACAGAAGAUUGUGAUACAAGGAGAGGAGGAAUGGUGGGAAAAUGUAGAAUGGGAGGAUGAAUCUACUCCAAAUCAUUUCCUUCACUCUUUCCGUCCAAUAUAUCUUUGAAAUUCUGCUAGAAAAAUGAAAUAAUCAUAGGGCUUUACCAC